AUGUCUAGCCUAGAACAGGAAAGUGAUCCUGCGAAAAAUCAGACCAAAGAGCAAACCGGCAGCACCGCGGAGAAGAGAAACGCCUUCACAGAACUUCUCUCAUCACGACAAAAGCAGGUAAAGCCCACGACCGAGGCCUCCCGAGGCAAAAAGAAUCGGCCCAGCCAUCUUUAUAGACCCGGUCGUGACGGGCUAGGAGCUUACAUCGCGAGACCAGAAACCUAUCCCUCCAGCGUGGUGGUCAAAUACAACGAAGACUUCGUCGCAAUCCAUGACAUGUUCCCUAAAUCUUCAUUACAUCUACUCCUUCUCCCUCGUGAUCCAACAAAGACUCACCUUCACCCUUUCGAUGCCUUUGAAGACAUCGAAUUCCUCACCAAGGUCCGUGCUGAAGCUCACAAGCUGCGCGCUUUAGCUGCCACUGAAUUGAGACGGAAAUAUGGCAAGGACUCUGCACAGGAGCAAGUCAGACAGGCUGCACUCAUCACAGAGCCGCCACCAGACAAGUUGCCCGCGGGUCGGGACUGGGAGAAGGAAAUUAUGUGUGGGGUGCACGCUGUACCUUCGAUGAAUCAUCUACAUGUGCACGUCAUCGCCGUGGAUCGGCAUAGCGAGCGACUCAAGCACCGAAAACACUACAAUAGCUUUGCGACGCCGUUCUUCGUACCUAUCGAAGACUUCCCGUUAUCCCAGGAUGAUCUGCGACGAGAUCCAGCGCGACAAGGGUAUCUAAAGCGAGACUUCAUCUGCUGGCGUUGUGGCGAGGAAUUCGGCAACAAAUUCACCCAACUGAAGGAGCAUUUAGAAAAGGAAUUCGAGGAAUGGAGAAGAUUGUAA